GAAAAUAAAAUUCAUGUUUUUAAUUAAUAAAUGUCAAUUGCAACACACAUGGGCAACUUAGGUCACAUGAGAAGCUACACAUUAACGGUGAAUUGAAUUUGUAUCAGUAAUUUGUAAUGAAAGGACGGAGAGAAAUAAACUGACCACACUUUUCAUUUUCUGAUGUUUUUGAACAAUUAAUUUUACCACGUUGCAAGCAUGAAAAUAAAUGUACAUUGAUAAUUUAGCUCACCAUAAUUUUACAAUCCUAGUCAUUAAGUACCAAUGGAUAUAUGAUAGGGAAAUAAAUAAUGUGGGGUGCUUUAUCAUCUGAAGAUUGAUCAUAUUUUCACGUGCCAAUUCAUUUGAAAUUGUAUUUCAUUCAAAACCAUAGAAUAUCUCAGCUGAAGAGUAAUAACCAUGGCCUUCUAAUAAAAGAAAUCAACAGAAAAUGUUUUUAGAAAGUGUUGUAGGAAAAAAAGAAUAAAUAAUGAAACAAACACCUCCUCUGCAAUAUAUGGGCAGUAAUACAUCCACCCAGCCAGUGUUAUCAAAAGCUAUGAAUUAGCUCACCUGACUUUGACAUUCCGCAUGACCUACUCAAUACAGGAAUUUCAUGACGGUCUCUUAUGCCGCUAAUUUUUAAGGACAAGGUAGACCGAACGACGAAGGACAAGGUAGACCGAACGACGAAGGACAAGGUAGACCGAACGACGAAGGAUGUGACGGUACCACCAGGUGGCUGCUGGGGUCGGACAUAUUUCUAGUGUAAGGAAGGGACAAAAAAUCAACUGGCUGGAGAAGUGUAUCCUAAUGGGUAUCCAAUGUCAUGGAGACAAUAGCUUUGUGAUACACGGAAGUAAUGUUUAGCUCGCCUGUACUUCAACGUUUUCACUACACAUUUAAAUUUUCUUAAAAUAUAUUCAGUUUUAUAGAAGAUUUUGAGAAAUUGGUGGACUGUUGGCAGUUUUUGUCCCUCCCUAAGACACCAGGGGUACAAGAGUCUUGAAAUUUACAAUUUACGUCUUUACAAUUGUCCCGAAGAUGCUUCAUACCAAAUUUGAAAGGAAUUGGAAUACCGGUAGUAGUUAACAAGAAGUUAAAACAGUUCUAUUUUCCACACAUUUAAUAACUGACCAUUUAGGCCCGCCCUGAUAUCAAAACCCCUGCCCCCUGGGGUCAUCAAAUUUACAGUUUUGGUAAAGGACUACCGGUUCUUUCUAAAUAUUCAUUUAGUUUCAAUCUAGUAUCAAUAACAAUAUAGUAGAUGUUAUUAAAGUGUUUUACACAUAGACACUAUAUACCAAGUUUGGCCCUUCUCUGGGGUCAGAACCCCUAUCCCUGGGAUAAUGAAAUUUAUGAUUUUAGUAGAGGCCUCCCUCCUCUACAUCACUAUGUAUUUAGUUGGGUUUUUUACGCAUGUGUGGUUCCAGAAUGGUUUGUGAAAUAACCCACGAUUCCAGCCUCCGCAAUCACGGUUUUCAUGAUGACAAACAGUUUGUUCAAUCCGAUCGGUUGCUGACUAAACCGAAAUUCAUUCUCCGGGCCCUUCUGAAGAGGUCGACGGUAAAACACCGUCUCUACUACAAGCGCUCAAUUAAAAAAUAAUAAUGGCAAGUCAGUAAGUCAGGUUACAAAACCAUAUCAGGGAAUUCAUUUGUUCUGUUUACGUUGCAUACUUACAUAUUAAGAAAUCUGAGGUACAUGUGGCAUGCGAAAUAAGUUUUAAUUGGUUUUCUAACAUUGGGGGCUAGGGGUCAUAUAAAGUUUUGAUGUAAAAAAAAAAAAAAAAAAAAAAGUAUGUUGUCAAAAAGAUGACACCACGCAGUGCCUAAUGAAUGUAGAAUACAUGUAUACAUGUUUGAAUGCAUGUAUGUAUGUAUAUGAAACAUACCAUUUCUACUUUAAAACAUGUACCCCAGUAGAAUAAUCGGUGCUUACGAUGAACGUCUAUCUUUUGUAGGGGAGAUAAUUGUUAAGUUCGUACCGUAAGACCGUGAGUGGGUCCUUAAACUUAGCUAAGGUAUGCUGAUUACAUUGCAAAUACAAAGAGCAUUAUUUAAAAUCCACAUACACAUUGAACAAUUAACAUACCGGUACCACUAACAUUCCUCAGACGAUAAUGGAAAACUUUGAUAAAGUAUAUGAGUUACUGGUAAUUAAUUUAUAGUUUUACGUUUUCAAAUAAAAGCUCAAUAUAACGGUGACGAUAUUAAAAAGGGGCUAGAAUACUUGAUAGAAAAUAAAUCAAGAAAUAACCACUUAUUUUCUUCAUCCUCAAUCGGAGAUUAAAACAGGGAAGUUCAUCUGCUUGUGUAAAUUUAGACGCUGAGUGUAGAUCACCACAUCCUGAUAACACUGUCACUACCAAAUAAAUUGUGUUGUCGUCUUAAAUGUAGCUGAUUUAAGAAAUGAUAGGCAAUGCACAUGUUAACAUUUUAAGGGGGUUACUUGACGAUCUUCUUCCAUAUCCUAUUUUUUAAAAGGGUUUAAUUUUAUUUCCUCUUUCGGAAUGGCUGUCCCGUGGUGGCCCUGCUUUAUUUUGUCACUUGGAUUUAUAUAUUGCUACGAAAACCUGAGUAGAAGAAAGACAACAGUUUUAUCACAAAGUUCGACGUACGAGGAUCGAUAUGCAUCGUAUGCCAAUGAUGAGGACUUGCGGACACAUAUAGAAAUUUGUGCCCACACUGCUCCAGGACACCCCUUAGCCUGGUUUCAAGUGGAUCUUGGUCAAGAAUACAGCAUAGAGAGUGUCAAAAUCUACUACAGAAGAGAAGGUGAUCUACCUGGUGAUUGGAAGCAAUACCGAUUUAAGAAUUUUUAUCUGGACGUAUCUAACUCACCAGCUGCAGUGAAUAACACGGCACAGAGAACUCGGUGUUAUACCGACAGAUCCCAGGAUCUACCUAACAAUAUAAUCGACAUUCCAUGUAAACAAACGACAAGAUACGUCAUUGUAGAAACAACAUACGACACUCAUGAAGAUAAUCCUACGACAGGAGCCAUCUUGGAAAUUUGUGAAAUACAAGUUAACGGAUGCGAGAUUGGAAAGUAUGGUGAUAGCUGUCUAGAUUGCAGUGGAUGUCAAACGUGUGACAUCAUUAGCGGUAUCUGCACGUCGCUACCCUGCAGUGUUAACUGUGUGAGUGGAUUAUGUGAUCCCACAACUGGAGAUUGCACCCAAGGCUGUAAUAAUGGAUACUGGAGGAACACCUGUACAUCAAUUUGUUCACAAAACUGUCAAGGUGGAGGAUGUGAUAAGACCAGUGGUAACUGUAACGGUUGUAGUAAUAAUACCUAUUGGGGACAAACGUGUAACACGCCAUGCCCACAAAACUGCAAUGGAGGCACAUGUGACCAGACCAAUGGCUAUUGUAGCAAUGGCUGUACACAAGGACGACACGGAAAUAAAUGUGAACAAACUUGUAACCAAAACUGUUUGGGGAAAAUUUGUAUACAGAACAGUGGAGUGUGUACGAACGGGUGUGCUGAUUAUUACUAUGGAGAUAAAUGUGAGAAUGUCUGUAGCACUCAUUGUAGUCUCAGACGUUGUGAUAGAUAUAACGGUACAUGCAGUGGAUGUAGUAGCGGUUAUUUUGGUCCAUUUUGCCGAGACACCUGUAGCGUAAACUGUGCUGAGGGAACGUGCGAUCAACAGACGGGAAAAUGUGACAGAGGAUGUAAACCAAACUGGACCGGGGACCAGUGUGACAAAUGCAGCUCAGAUUAUUAUGGUCAGUUGUGUGAUCAACGAUGUAGCUCACAUUGUGUAAAUGGAAUCUGCUUUUCAAACAACGGGACGUGCGUGAGGGGAUGUACUGGUACAUUCAGUAAUGACAAGUGUACUCAAGAAAACGUGCAAUCCUGUACCACUGAAUGUGACAACAGUAUGGUCAUCGUCAGCAUUGUAGUGUCUGUUGUCAUUGUUCUCACAGGAAGUGUCGUAAACUUCCUGUUGUGGAAGAGAAACCAGUCCCAGAACGUAAAAAGAGGAUUAAAAGAAAAUACCAAUAGCCCCAUCAUGGUGCGUGAAAUUCCAGACAUACCAAGCAGCGAAAAUAAUGUUAGAUCUCCGUAUGCAGAACUCGGAGACCUUGACAAACCGAACGCAUACGAAGACCUCCACCAGUAUACCGAAGCUGUUUAGAAGAAUUUGGUCUGGGAUUUUAUAGAUGAACAUGACACCGAAAGUAUUUGAACAGUAUCAUCAAAGACAAUGUCAUGUGUUAUUGUCUUACAUGUGAAGAUUAUGAUAUGUAAAUAUAGAGAGAUGUGUUAUUGGAAAGUGAUACGCAUGUAACGUAUUUUUUUUUUUAUUCGUUGCUAAAACAUUUUGCUUUAAGAUGUCAAGUAUUGGUUUUCAUUUUUAUGAUGCUGCAACUUGUUUUACCUAUUCAAACACUUCCCAAUCUAUUUAACCAUGGUGUAUAAAACAGAUGAAUACCAGUAUACGUAUGGUGUAUUAUGAUGUUUGAUAAUAGUUUUCGUUCAUUAUUAAUGAUAUCAAAGGGUAAGUGCAACAUGUGUUGGAAAGCAUACACUAUAUUGUUAUGUGUGACAAACAAAACAAACCCAUUACAACGCUUAUAUUUCUAUGCCUUUGUAGAACUGAUGAACUACGAAAAAUUAUUUAUAAAAAUGGAUAAGUGGAAUAAGUUAUGUAAUGUCAAACAGAGUGUUAGCGAACCAUCACAGAAUCCGUCCUCUGACACAGUAAAAAGACUGCAAGGUAGAGAUAUUUGACUUUCGAAAACUUUAUUAACAUCGACAAAGUUACGAAAACUUGCAUCACGAGAUCCGACGAAAUACGCAAUGCCCGUGUCAUCAGCUCUUUUGUGAUGGAAAUAUAUUCAAUAAUAUACUGAAGGCUAGAUUAGUACUGAUGAUUCUACCCCCUUAUCGACACUAUCGCUAGUUUUAAGAAAGACAAUUGAUGGAUAUCAAUAUUUUAUCGAAUUAUUUUAUUUGAAAUACUCACAAGCGUACUAAAUUUGUGUAUCCGCAGAUCCGAGUUCAACAAAACCGAGCGAUAACGAUGCACAUGUUUUGGUAGUAUAUCACUUGAAUAUAUAUGUGUAACCGAGCAGGAAGGGAUAUGUUGGUUUUAUUAAUUUAUUCAGUAGAAAAUAAAGGCAUCGACCUACAAUAACAGAUAAAUAAUAUAAAUCAAGAUAGAAAAACAUAAUUGAAAUAUGCCAAUUGUAAACUGUACCCACAGUAAACGUUUUAGAAGUGUUUGCCCAACUAUCUAUUUUGUAUUGCUUGUAGGAGUUAUGAGAUUGAUCACUGUUCGUUAUCUUCACCUUGCAUACUAUACUUUAUAAAGAUAUGUACAUGUGUUUUGUAAAUGAUUUAGAUUAAGAUCUUAUAGACUCAUAUAAUCAUUACGACUUUGAAAGCACAAUUACAAUAAAGUAAAUAACUUGCAAUCAAAAUAAUUACGUAUAUCAGCUCUUUAUAUGGAAAUGAAACAUAUUCUUAAAUAUAGAAAUAACAAACCAUAACAUACGGAACAUAUCAGCUGAUUGUAACUCAUCAAAACGUAUUACUGCUCUAACUACAUAGCUAAGCGCGGUAGAUUUAUACAUAUACUGAAAGACUAUUAUUGGAUAAAGAAAUAUGAAAUGACCAAUGGAAUCGACGAACCAAUGAAAUAACAGAAUAAAACUUCACUCACCCAACUCAAUCCAGAUGAGCAAUUGAACUUACGGUAAACUGAAUUUUAAGAUUGAAUUUAGCAAAACGAUCAAUAGAAAUAUCAAAACGAAUAAAUAUUGUUUAACGUCCCUCUAGAGAAUAUUUCACGGAUAUGGAGACGUCACCACUGCCGGUGAAGGGCUGUAGAAUGUCUAAACAAUUUCACACACACGUAGUUAAAGUCAUUGUAAGCGAGUGUCAUGUAGUGCAUGUAUUGAUAUUCCGUAUGGUGUUUUGUUUUCCCAAUCCAUAACUAUGCAUUUUGUGUAUUUACAUCUCCAUUGGUUUCUCUGUGAUAUGUGUAGAAGUUGGAAUUAGUCAUUGUUGCAGCUUAAAGAAGUGCGCUUAUGAAUAAAGUUACAAUAAUUUUUACUUGCACGACUGGGAAUUCCAACAGAAAUGAAGAAAGAAUGUAAAUACAAGAACUGAACUCCUUUGUGGAAAGUACAUACUGAUAUGAGCUGCAGUGUUUAACGCUCGCAUCAUUCAGAAGUGCGUUAAAUAAAAGCUUAAAGUAUUCCUUAAAACUCUCAUUAUAAAUAAACCUCUUAGUCAUUGUCAUAUAUUACUUUAACAGUUCUAUUUAAACACAUGUUUUCUAUAGUUUUAUCAAGUAUUUUAUUCAUGUUUUCCCCGUCGCGUUUUCAAAUCAGUUACAGAUAUAUGUUAUGUUGUUCAUGUUCAGUUUAAUAUUUUGUUCAUACCAAGUUUCAUCAUUUUUUUUCUACAAUCCAUAAAAUAUAUCAUACGCAUGUAUUUGUAAUAUAAUCAUUAAAUGCUUGUUCCUAUG